GUAUUCAAAACGUUCCACGUACUCAGUGUGUCUUUCUCUCUCUCUCUCUCUCUUUCCAGAACAAGCUGCUUCCUGAUGUGUGCACCUGACGUGUGCAACCGUUUGCAAACCCACACAAACCUUCAUUAAAAACGGAGCAGAUUGAGACGGCACUGAAUAAGACAAUCACUUGGGUUUGUCACAGUCACAGAGGAGUUACCGCUUCAGGCUUCUCGCCUUGUGAAAGUCAAAACCUUCCCACUCCCCCUUCCCCCCAAAACGAGGAUACAAACAAAAAAAACAAACAAAAAAAGGAAGACAAAUCUAUUAGAGUAACAUUUAUUUGAAGUGAGUCUUCAAGAAGAGUCUGGUGACACCAAGCUUGGGGUUUGUAGCUUGUAGCAGGAAGGGAGAGUUGAGGGAGAGGGCAGUGCGUAUCCGGAACAAGCUGCCAGAGGAAGUGGUGGAAGCAGGAACAAUUACAACAUUUGGACAGCUACAUGGAUAGGCAGAGCAGCCCCGAGAUAACUGGAUCAUUACAAAGUAACGGUACAAAUAACAAGAUGAAUGGUGCAAUAGAUCACUCGGACCAGCCAGACCCAGAUGCCAUUAAGAUGUUUGUCGGCCAGAUCCCAAGAUCUUGGUCAGAAAAAGAAUUAAAGGAGCUGUUUGAGCCGUAUGGGACAGUGUACCAGAUCAAUGUCCUUAGAGAUCGCAGCCAGAACCCUCCACAGAGCAAAGGCUGUUGUUUUGUUACGUUUUACACAAGAAAAGCUGCACUUGAAGCACAGAAUGCCCUUCACAACAUUAAAACUUUACCAGCGAUGCAUCAUCCUAUUCAGAUGAAACCUGCUGACAGUGAAAAAUCAAAUGCUGUGGAAGACCGAAAGUUGUUCAUAGGGAUGGUUUCGAAAAAGUGCAACGAGAAUGACAUCCGAGUGAUGUUCUCAACGUUCGGACAGAUAGAGGAAUGCAGAAUUCUACGGGGUCCUGAUGGAUUGAGUCGAGGCUGUGCAUUUGUCACGUUUUCCACAAGGGCAAUGGCACAGAAUGCAAUCAAAGCCAUGCACCAGUCCCAGACCAUGGAGGGCUGCUCAUCGCCAAUCGUGGUGAAGUUUGCAGACACUCAGAAGGACAAGGAGCAGAGGCGCCUGCAGCAACAGCUGGCCCAGCAGAUGCAACAGCUCAACACAGCGACCUGGGGAAAUCUCACUGGCCUGGGCGCCCUGGGACCACAAUACCUGGCUGUAAGUGGUCAUUGGGGAACCAAGAACAGUAUCGAGUUUGGAACAAAAGAAGUUUUCGUACCCCAAAACAUGCAUACACUUUUGCAGCAAGCGACUUCGACGAGUAACCUGGGUGCGUUCAGUGGCAUUCAACAAAUGGCGGGUAUGAACGCUUUGCAGCUACAAAACCUAGCAACUUUAGCAGCAGCUGCUGCAGCAGCUCAGAACACAGCCACCACAAAUACCAACCCUCUCACUGCGGCUACUGGGGCACUUGGAGCAUUGACAAGUCCAGUGCAAUGGGGAAACAGCAAUCAGCAGUCGAUGCCUGUAGCAGGAACAACAAAUUCUGGCACAAGUGCAGCCAUGAACUCCCUGACCUCCCUGGGAACACUCCAGGGGCUGGCUGGAGCUACUGUUGGUUUAAAUAACAUUAAUGCACUGGCAGUUGCUCAAAUGCUCUCAGGUAUGGCGGCGCUUAAUGGCGGACUCGGAGCUACUGGCUUGACGAAUGGAUCGGGUGGCACCAUGGACGCACUGACUCAAGCCUACUCAGGAAUCCAGCAGUAUGCAGCGGCUGCACUGCCCACACUGUACAGUCAGAGCCUGCUUCAGCAGCAGAGUGCUGCAGGCAGCCAGAAGGAGGAAAGAUGGCUCACAGCACUUUGCAGAGCAGAACCCAACACUGGUCAGCAAGCUGGAGGCACAGGGCCAGAAGGUGCGAAUCUGUUUAUUUACCACCUUCCCCAAGAGUUUGGCGAUCAGGAUAUCCUACAGAUGUUUAUGCCAUUUGGAAACGUUGUGUCUGCUAAAGUCUUCAUUGAUAAACAGACCAAUCUUAGCAAGUGUUUUGGUUUUGUGAGCUACGACAAUCCAGUUUCUGCACAGGCGGCCAUCCAGGCUAUGAAUGGCUUUCAGAUUGGAAUGAAGCGCUUAAAAGUUCAGCUGAAACGAUCCAAGAAUGACAGCAAGCCGUACUGAGUCUAGUGUGGGAGGUUAAUGCUGUUACUUUAGCUUUGUUAGGACAUCUUCAUGCUCGUUAGUUCAUCGUUUGCCUAGCAUGUCCCUGUGACGUCAAAAAAAAAUUCAAAAAAAAGCUCAUCGUCCCGUCAUUGUUUCUGAUGUCUUUCUGACCUCACAUCACACUUGGUCCUCCUACUUGACCCCUUGACCUAGUUUGACUUUGAGAUUUUUUGCAUGUGACCUCACGUAGCUCUGAAUUCUAAAGAGAUCAAUGUGAAAAACGUAGCUGCAUUCGUGUUAAGACUGAAAAAGAAAAAAAAAUUAUUUUAAGAAAGUAAAGCAAGAAAAAAAAUUAUAUGAGAGAGAGAAGGGAAAAAAAAUAACCUGUGGUGGAAAUGUUUCUUUUUUUUCAUGAAACAAACUUGAAAGUAUUAUACAGGGAUUGACUUUCUCUCUGGUCACUUAGAAACGCAAUAGCAAUAUGGUGGCCAGCGUGCAGAAUGUUGGUUUCUCAAUGAAGCAGACUACUUCUGAUCAGAUGCUGAAACUGGUCAGAUAUUAUCAAGAGCUCUGUAAUAAUUUUUACAUUUUUCAGGCAGUGUAAAGUUUUGAUAAGGCCAUUUAAGUGGCUCACUUUCUCAUCGAUAUAUAUAGAAAAGAUUAAAACCACUUUUUUUGUAGACUAGUUUAAGAUAAUUAAAAAAAAAGAUGACCCAUGUUUGGGGAAAGACUACCUAUUUGUGUCACCUUUUGCUGAACUGAUUCACACCUAGACAAUCUGUGGUAAAUGCACAUUAAAUGACCUAUAUUUUAUACUGUUUAAAUGUAUUGGAGAAGAUAAAACAAAGCAGUAAGUGUAAACUUCGUCACGUUGGUAAAUAUGUGGGUUAAGUUUUGGUGUCAUCGCAAUUUUUAAGGUUCUAUAAUUAAGUAUUUCGUAAAAUGACACAUUUUUCGGUUCACUCGGCAAAAGAUUUUUUUUGGCGGCCAAAAAAAUCUUAACUCUUCGGGUGAAAAGGGAUAAAAAGAAUUAUACAAUUCCAGGACAAAAAAAUCUUGUGCUUUGUGUGUGAAACGUUUUGACGUCUGAUUUUGUUCCUUUCUUUUCAUUGUGAGAUUUAACAGUUUGACGUAUUCUUUGUUCAGCAAAAUGUGAGAUUGGCUUUUUUUUCUUUUGGAAAAGGAGAAAACAGCAACUUAAAUCAGUGGAAUUAGUGCCAAAUUCCAAAAGCAAAAUAAAGGUACUUCCUGCCUAGUGCUUAAUUGUGUUAAUUGUGAGAAGUAAUUUGAUAACAUGGGUAUUUUGUUACUUGAGUGUUUUGUAAUAAUUCUCUCAUGUUUGAAAAAAAUUAAAGAAAAAAAAAUAGAUCAAAACCAGAGAGAAAAAAAAGUUUGUUAAAUUGCUAAAGCUGUGGUCUUGUUGCCUGAGAUUGUUCAUUGUUUGUUAUUUCUCUUUGUAAAAGCGCUCCAUGUUUCCCAACCUUGCCAUUUAUAGAAGCUGUGCAAGCAAACCUCACAAGCUUUUUUUCUUAUAGUUGUGAAAUUUAAAAAAAACAGUUUAAAAAAAGACAAAAAUUUUCAAAAAAAAAAGCACCCCCCAAGGCAGGAAUGUUUAGAACUGUUUUUUUUUAAAUAUAAUUAAUUAAUAAUAAUUAAGCAGCCUUAGCUGCGUUGUACGACUUUCUAAACAUAGCAAAAAACAUUUGUCAUUCCUCUGUGCAUGCACUCAGUAUGUAAUGAAGCACUAACUGUUAACGGGCCAAUAUUUCUCUGCAUUGAAGGCAAGGAGCAGUAUGAAUCAGUUCAGCUUCCAUUGCCUUGGGGAUUUAUUUAGGGCCCACUCUGUUAUGAAUUCAUUUCCCUCACCAUCACCCCCUCUCCCCAUUCUCUACCCACAACGUACAUCCUCCCAACACAUUGUUUCUGUUUGUUUUAAAAUCUUAAGUAAAAAAAAGGAAAAAAAAAAUUGUAGCUUCAUUGCAUUUUUUGAAAAAUGUCUCACAAAGACAAGUGUUUGUGCUCCUGUGAUGUGAGAUCUGGUGUUUGUAGACUAUUAUUAUCAUUUAGGAUUAAGAUUUAAAGAAAAAAAUAUAUAGUUUUAAGUAUUUGUUUGAGAAAAGCCAAAGUUAAUGCAAACUGAGUGGGGGAACCGCAAGCCCAUGUGAGUGCUGUAAUUCUUUUUUUGGUGCAUUUUGCCUCUGUAUGUGAUGGAAGAUUUUUUUGAAGGAAAAGGAGUCAACACAACACACACACUCAAAAAAAAAUGUGGGCUUUCGUAUUUCUACGACUUGACUGUAAUUAUGCAUUUUGUACCAGUGGAAUUUUUUAUACUGGAAAUUAAAAAAUGGAUAUUUCUGCGCCUUACCUGUGUGUGGGCCCAGUGAUGACUGACUUUGAGUUUAAUUUCUGGUUGGUGCAGAGAAAGUGGCGAUUAUUUCAUUUUAAGAAUUAACAAGAAAUACUUUUUAAAAGAAGUAAACUUUGGCUUGCUUUCCUCAUUUCUUUGCAUAUGCUUAACUGUCAAGAAUUUUUGUCAAAAAAAAAUGGGUAAGUUUCUCUUCAAUUAUGUAUUGUGCAGUUACAUAACGUAUUAGGACUAGCAGUAUUCAUUCACCUACAGUGGGAUAACUGUAUUAGUUUAAAAAAUAGGGGUUUGCUUUUUGCUGUUGAAAUCCAAGUUUUUUCCUGAUUCUCUGUCUUCAUUGUGAACAUAACUGUGGAACAGUUGGACUUAUUUUUGUAACGUAUGUUAUUGUGUGAUGCAGUUUUUGCUUCUGUCUCAAAUAUUAAACCAUUUUUCCUAA